AUGGAACCAGAGCCAGAACCAGAGCAACAUGUGCACAUUAAGGAGACUUUCCUAGUUGGUAAAGCUUUGUUAAACUUUACUUCCAUCUUUGUUUCGCUUGGGGUUUUCUUAUUUGGGUUUGAGCAAGGUUUAAUGUCAUCAUUGAUCACCAAUAACUAUUUCAAAUAUUAUUAUCACGAUCCGUCACCUGCAGCUAUUGGUAUAAUGAUUGCAAUUUUGGAAAUUGGUGCGUUAUUUUCUUCAUUUGUAGCAGGUAGGGUGGGGGAUUUUGUUGGUAGGAAAAGGACUAUUAGAUAUGGUUCAUUUAUUUUUGUAGUUGGGGCAUUAAUUCAAGCUUUGUCACCGAAUAUUUGGGUUCUAAGUGGUGGAAGGUUUGUUGGAGGUAUAGCUAUUGGGUUCUUAACUACAAUUGUACCUAUUUAUCAAUCGGAAAUAAGCCCUCCUUCAGAUCGUGGAUUUUACGCUUGUGCUGAAUUCACUGGUAACAUAGUUGGCUAUGCUGCUAGUAUUUGGGUGGAUUAUGCAUUCUCCUUCUUGGAUAAUCACUAUAGUUGGAAAAGUCCACUUUUUGUCCAGUUUGGAAUGGGUAUAUUGUUAUGGCUGGGAACUUUUAUUAUUGUUGAAACUCCCCGGUGGUUAUUGAACCAUGAUCAUGAUCUCGAAGGUAUGAUUGUUAUUGCAGAUAUGUAUGCUGAUGGGAAUGUAGAGGAUGAACACGCCAAAAGUGAGUACAGAAAUAUCAAGGAAGGAGUAUUAAUUGAUCGUAUCGAAGGUGGAGAAAGAUCUUACCAAUAUUUGUUCAAACGUUAUGCAAAGAGAUUGUCAGUUGCUUGUUUUGGCUUGAUGUUUUCCCAAUUGAAUGGUAUCAACUUGAUCUCUUAUUAUGCCCCAAUGAUUUUCGAAAGUGCAGGCUGGGUAGGAAGAAAAGCUAUAUUCAUGACGGGAGUCAAUUCAAUAGUUUACGUAUUAAGUACGAUUCCUCCAUGGUAUCUUGUUGAUUCAUGGGGUAGAAAGCCGUUGUUGAUGUCUGGUGCAUUAUUGAUGGGUAGUACCUUAUACUUGGCAGGCUGGUCCCUCCAUUUAAACAAUAAUUAUACUGCAAUUACGGUGGUUACAUGUAUCAUAAUAGCCAAUGCUGCAUUUGGUUAUUCAUGGGGUGGUAUUGGCUGGCUACUACCAGCAGAGAUCUUACCAUUACCAGUAAGAUCCAAAGGUGCAGCAAUCGCAACUGCAACUAAUUGGUUUUCAAAUUUCAUUGUUGGUUUGGCCUCACCAAUUUUAUUGGACCAAAUCAAAUGGAAAACAUACCUUAUUCCAGCAACUAGUUGUGUUGUUUCAUUUUUUGCAGUUUGGUAUUUGUUCCCAGAAACUAAAGGGUUAUCGUUAGAACAGAUGGGCUCAGUGUUUGAUGACAAGUCAUCAAUAUUUUCUUAUCAUGCCUCAGCAAGCGUUGGAGAUAACAGUGGAAGUAGUAUUUAUAGUAGUAGUGGUGCUCGUAAUUAUGGCUCUACAACGGAACGAAGAGGCUCUUCUACUGCUGCUGCUUCUGGUACUGCUACUGCUGCUGCUGCUGUUGCUGCUGCUGCUGAACCACUUGAAACCGUUCAAACAGUAGCUUCAAUGCAAAGACACCCAGCCACUAUGCGUCCUGAACUUGCCAAUAAUAUCAUUGCUGGAGCAAGUCAAACUCACAUACUACCAGUAGUAGCACCUCCCAACUUGAAGCCAACAAAGUCUGAUACUGCAUCAAUAUCUUCAUUUGAUAUACCGUCACUUGCUGACGCAAAUGCUAUUAUUCAAGAAAUAGAACCACCAUCAUUAGAAGCAAUUUUAAAAUAUAAAGCAAUCAAGCAGAGUAAACCGUCAGUUUUAGCUCAAUUUUCAAAGAAGAAGUCACUUGGAAAGAGCGAUGAAGAUAAUGAUGAUGAGGAAAAUAGAUUACUAUAG